UCGGUAGCACAUUUUAAAACUGCAUUUUUCAAAAGACCAGCCCUGCAAGUUAGUGCGUGAUUUUCUCCUGCAUAGUCCAAAAUGCCUUGCAACAUUGCGAGUACAAGCCUGCCUAAUAUAUCUCAUUCGUUUCUGAAAGCAGGGGAUCUCAAUGCUGUACUAAUAAAGGGAAAAAGCAGCUUCCCAGAGCAAGAGAUUAAAAACAGAGAAAUAUUUUGGAACAAGAAAAGUUUAGGGAACUUUGGAGACAGGCUACGAGCAUGCACGGCUCGAGCUGAUCUAGGAGAAGCACGCGCUCUCUGGACUCAAGACACUGGAGGCAGCAGUGAGAAAAAUGUUCGCGCACAGACUGCCAUGGGGCGCCUCUCUAUGGAGCUCUGGCCAAAACAAAAACACAACAUACAUGAGAUUAUCGGGCUGAUCAAGGAGAAACUGCAUUCCCAACACCACAGUGUCCAUCAGAUGUUCCGAGCCAAUGACCCUAAAGGCGAAGGCACGGUUUCCAAGGAGGCCCUUAACCGCAUUCUAUGGAAUCUAUGUGGAUACCUCACUCCUCAACAGGUCAACACUGUUUUAACCAGGGUAGGGCUUGUUGGCUAUUCCAGCUUUUCUUUUGAUGAGUUCAUCUCGUGUUUUCUGCCCAAAAAGGUAAUGCAAAAUGAAUGGCUCAGUCCUUCAAGAGCUAAACAGCUUGAUGAUGUGGGGGCUAAGCCGAAACGCUCAGACCCAAAAUGUGAGAGAAUGGAUGACAAGAAUGCUGAAAGAAUUUGGAAUUUGGUAAAAGAAAAAGUAAAUGAGAGUGAUUUCUCCAUUGAAAAAUACUUCCCACUCUCCUGUCUGCAGCCCAGUGGGAAUAUCACAGCGGUGCAGCUAAAGAAGUCCCUUGACAGUAUGGGGCUUGUUAUUAAUGAUGACGAGUUUGACGGUCUCUGGGAAAGGAUUAAUAAAAAUAAUACACAGGCCAUCAACACAAAUUCACUUAUCAAACGACUUGGAGUACCAGUUCCAGAUAUAUGUGAACCACCAAGACAAUCAAAUACAGGAAGGGGAAUGAAAUCAUCUGUCAAAAAUCUGAGCUUUGAAGAGGUUGCUAGUGUUUUAAAAUCAAAGUUAAAUGAAUCCUGUCUUUCUAUGCUGCAUGCAUUUGCAAAGUAUGACGAAGAUGGGACAGGAUUGGCUACCCGGACUGCAUUCCGACAAGUUUUGGCUCAGUUCAACAUCCCGAUGGGAGCUAUUGAUCUAGAACAUCUUCUAGCGAGGCUUAAUUUAAGGUCCAAGGACGGGAUGGUGCAUUACGAGAGGUUUGUGGAGAAACUAGGAAGCAGGUCUCCACUUAGCGUGUUAAGCCAUGCACUGGAAAAUUUGAGUCAGAGUGACAGGACAGCGUUUCUUGGAUCUGCAGAGGGGCUGACAGCUUCUGAAGCUGAGGCCCGUCUCCUUGAGCUCUGUCAGGGGCUUUUCCUGAGACUUCUGACUGCUUUCAGGAAGGUUGAUAUCUCUGAUGAUGGAUCUGUUAGCAUUGAGAAGUUUAAGGAAAUCCUUGAAAAGACAUUUCAGAUCCACCUGACAGAGGAGCAACUUCAGGGUGCAGUGAGCGUUAUCGGGGACAAAGAAACAAACCUUAUCUCUUAUACAAAGUUAUUCACUCUGUUUCACAACAGGCCAACAACCUGUGAGUUAAAAGAAGAAGUGGAAAGAUGCAGCCCUCUCAUUCAUAUCAACUUCCGUCCAGACAAACUGCGCUAUAGAGAGAGCUUCAAAGGGGAUUGGUCUAGAUACAGCCACGCACAGAAGAUACGACCUCUACAAGAGCUGCAUGUCCUUGUCUACAGCCUCCUUCAGAAAAAAUUUCGUCAGUUUUGUAGAGUUUUCAUUAACAUUUGCCAGAAUGAUGAGUGCACAGCAGACAAGGAAAAGCUGGACGGCAUUUUACAAAGAAUGAAUAUAAUACUCCUUCCAAUGGAACUGGGGAAACUCUGGUAUAGCUUGCCUAUCAGCUACCCUGCAGAAGCCAUUUCUCUGAGGAAAUUUCUUCGCCAUUUCAGCAGGCUUAAGAUAGAGAAGGAAUCAGGUCCCAGAGAAGAGAACCCUGUGGCGCUGACCCAGAUUAAGCUGAGGAAUCACAUAAUUAAACAAUGGAAACAAAUCAAGUCAAUUCUAAAGGCCAGUGACCCCAGCGGCUCAGGGAAGGUGCCUCUAAGAGUUAUCUAUGCUCUGUUUCUAACUCUGAAAUGCAAUGUUCUGCCUGCUGAGAUUGACGGCUUGUGCUUGGCAUUUGACCGUGACAAGGAUGGUCAUUUUCACUACAUUCAUUUUCUAAAGUUUUAUGUCAAGAACAAAGUUACAUAGAAGUAGUGUAAUCCUACACUUUAUAGGUACAUCACACACUUUCACCUUAGAGUGUCGAAGUGUGACUUCUGAUAUUUACUUGUGGAAAGGCUCGAAUAAAGAAAGGAUAUUUUUUUCCAGUGUUCCUUUUUUCAGUACACUGGGGAAAAAACUGUAGUUUUUUCCAUUGGUGUUAACAGUAGACUUUAGCUUUAGUCUAUUUUGCUUUAUUUAAAGGGGAUGCAGCUCAUUAUGGAUGUAUUAGUAACUUUUCUAAUACAAAGCUCCUGUUACAAUUUAGGCAGGGGUAAGCUAGGACAAUAAAUAACCAAAAUCAAGGUGUUGAUUUACCAAUUAGAAAUAUAACUUUGCAAACUAAUGUACAAGCAGGGGAUGAAUCAAUGUCAAGGAUGUUGUAAUGUAAUCAGUUUGUUUUGUUCAUUGCAUUAGUGCAUAUAUUUCAGACAAAGCAUGUUAAUUUUCUGUCUUGUAUAUGCUUGUUGGACUGUUAAUAUGUUUCAUAUUAAUAAGCAGAUGUUUUAUGGCAAAAUGUUUUUACUAUGGUAAUAAAGCACUCAAUGCCUGCUAAAAA